AUGCGAACUUGUUACUAUGAAUUAUUGGGCGUUGAAGAUUAUGCAACUCCAGAAGAACUAAAAAAAGCUUAUCGUAAAAAAGCUUUAGAAUGGCAUCCUGAUAAAAAUAAUCAUCGAGUUGCGGAGGCGACACAACAAUUCGCUCUUCUUCAACAAGCUUACGAAGUUUUAUCAGAUCCAAACGAAAGGGAAUGGUAUGAUAAUCACCGGGAUGCUAUUUUAAGAGAAGGAAUUAGAGCAGAAGAUCUCAUGAAAUACUUUAACGUUGCAUGUUUUAAUGGUUUUGAUGAUAGUGCAAAAGGAUUCUAUACAGUAUAUGGAAUUAUAUUUGAAAAAUUAGCUAGAGAAGAAGAAGAAGCUUAUGCACGUGAUCGAGAUGAAAAUUCCGAUUUUUUCCCUUAUCCAUCAUUUGGUGAUAGUACUACAUCACCAGAUCAAGAUGAUUCAAAAUAUGGAAAUUUAAUUAAAAUUUUUUAUCAAUCAUGGAUGAAUUUUACUACACGAAAAAAAUUUGCUUGGUUUGAUAAACAUCGAUUAUCUGAGGCACCAGAUAGGCGGACUAAAAAAUGGAUGGAAGAUGAAAAUGAAAAGUCUCGUAAUUCGGCUCGUAGAGAAUAUAAUGAGGCUGUUAGAUCAUUGGUUGAGUUCGUACAAAAACGUGAUCCACGGUAUAAAGCGUAUAAGGCGGCUGCUGAUCAAAGAAUUAAAAUUCAAAUUGCUGAAGCAAAAAAGCGAGCUGCCCGUGAUCGUGCUGAAUAUAAUCAAUGGAUAAAUCAUGAAAAAAGUAAAAAGCAUAUAAAAAAUGUUGAAUUAUUGAAAGAAGAAAUGCUUGAAGAUGAAGAUUUAGUAAUUUCAGAUGACCAAAAUAAUUAUGAUACUACAAAUUGGGGACAUGAGGAAAUUUCUGGUGAUGAUGAAAUUAUUCAAGAUAAAAUAAAAUCUGAUUCACUUAAAAGUGAUGAUGAAUUAUCUGAACUAUUAAACAAGACAAAAGUUUCUUCUCGAGGUGGUUUUGAAUCUGAAGAAGAAUCUAGAAAGACUCAACCUUUAUUAAAUGUUGACGAUGAUAAAUCAACUCAACAAGAAAAUGGUACUAAAAAAGAGCGGAGAAAAGAAAAGAAAAAGACUAAAGAUUCUAAACAGCAAAAGUGUAAUGUCUGUUCACAGACCUUUACAACAAGAAACCGUUUAUUUAUCCACAUUAAUGAAACUGGGCAUGCAUUAAAUACUGGCGGUUCUGGUAGUGGGAAAAAGGGGAGGAAGUGA